AAAAUUCAAAGCAUGUCAUCUAUCUUUCAAUUUCAGUUAGCAUAUGAAAACAAAAUUGGUUGGGUCGGUUAAAGAGUCUCUUCUUAAGUCUUAACUAACAAAUUUUUGAUUUUGAUUGAAUGAUGGCUCUUGAUUUUGUUAUUAAUAAGGGUAUUACUCCUACAUUCAUAUGGGGUUCUUUUGAUUCUGUGUUGGUUAUUGGGAAUCUGAGAUAUGAAAAUGUGAACAAAUGUAGUUGUUUCACUGUUUCAGCUCAUCAGAGAGCUAUCAUUCCUGUUGAAGAUCAAAAGCCAUUCCUUCAUUCUGCUUAUCAGAAUCACUCCAAGGGCUUUCACAGAGACAUCAACAUGCUUCCCAAGCCAUUAACGUCAAUUGAUGAUUCGUCUUCUGCAAGUGAUGGAUCAAAGGUGCGCGUGGCUUAUCAGGGAGUGCCGGGAGCAUACAGUGAGGAUGCAGCUUUGAAGGCGUAUCCAAAUUGUGAGACUGUGCCAUGUGACGAUUACGAAGCUGCAUUUAAGGCAGUUGAACUGUGGUUGGUUGAUAAAGCGGUUUUACCAAUUGAAAAUUCUGCGGAUGGAAGCAUCCACCGCAAUUACGACUUACUUCUUCAACAUAAGUUGAAUAUUGUCGGAGAGGUGCAGCUGCGUGCUAACCACUGUCUCUUAGGAUUGCCCGGUGUGACCAAGAAGGAGCUCGUCAGUGUUGUGAGUCAUCCUCAGGCUCUUGCUCAAUGUAGGACGGUGCUGAACGAUUUAGGUGUUGAUAAAGUUCGUGACCAGGAUACUGCCGUUGCUGCUAAGACAGUGGCCAUAAAUUGUGUAAGACACACUGGAGCCAUUGCAAGUUCCCGAGCUGCAGAAAUAUACGGCCUGGACAUUCUUGCUGAAGGAAUUCAGGAUGAUGAUGAAAAUGUUACCCGUUUCUUGGUCCUUGCGAGGGAGCCUAGAAUUCCAGGAACUGACCAGCCCUAUAAGACAAGCAUUGUUUUCAGUUUAGAAGAAGGUCCAGGUGCACUAUUCAAAGCUUUGUCGGUGUUUUCUAUGAGGGAUAUUAAUUUGUCAAAGAUAGAGAGUCGUCCACUGAAGCAGCGCCCCUUAAGGAUUGUCGAUGAUUCAAAUCACGGGAGUUCCAAGUAUUUUGACUACCUCUUCUACAUCGAUUUUGAAGCUUCAAUGACAGAACCCCGUGCACAAAAUGCCUUAGUACAGUUGCAGGAAGUUGUCAGUUUUCUUCGAGUUCUUGGUUGUUAUCCAAUGGAUACACAUGUAUAAAAGUUCUUCAACGUCUUUAAAGUAUAGCUAGGAGCAACCGUAGACGACGCAGUUUGUUUUACUCACCGCAAGAGCGGACAGGCUACAACCAGAGUCAGAGUUUUGUCAUAGUUUACCUAGGAUGAAUGCCAUGCAGGCAUCCUCAUUUUUCUAUCUCUAUUAUGGUAUUUUAUAAUAUCAUUCAUUUGCGCAAAACGCUGUUAAAGAUCAAAGUUUUAAAUAAAUAAAAACUACAGACUCCUGGGAA